AUGGUAAGAGCAGAUAUUUUCUCGCCAGACAAUCCAUUUGAUACCGAAGCUCCGCAUGGAGCUGUUUCGAGUCCACCUGUUGCGUGGCCCGCAAACUCAACGGUUCCUAUUAGUAUGCCUCCGCGUUCAGGGUAUAUAUCUACAUCAACACAGCCAUUUCAUUUCUAUAUACCUAGUAGUCAGUUUGCUCCUCUAAGCACUAUAACGCAACGAACGCACGUCUUAGGCACAAGUCACCCCUUCCAUUCCACCACUCUUCAUUAUGACGACGGCUUAGCAGGUGCCGGGUUCAGCGCACCACAAACCACGCCAUAUCAAACCGUACAAACUACAAAACAAGCAUCGCACUCAACCACAGUUCCCGCUAAUCAACAAUUUCGUUUUUAUAAUGCGAACUCAAUUCCAAUAACUGCGCCUGUUCCGACAGUUUCUUCGACGGGCAUAUUCACCGCUUCGAUUCCAUCGCAUGUACCUGGUGGUUUCUACAGUAGGCAACAAGGCGCGAAUGGGUAUGCUUCGCUUUCUCAGGGCCCAAUGGUCGAUUGCACAUUGUCCACAAUGCAGAUAGCAUCCAGGCAGGUUGUAAAUAAAGAGUUACCGGCAUUUUCUGGCAAACCAGAAGAAUGGCCUUUAUUCAUUGUUAAUUAUGAGCAAUCGACUGAGCAGUGCGGAUUUUCAGAAGCGGAGAAUCUUAUCCGCCUUCAACGCUGUCUGAAAGGUGCUGCUUUAGAAGCAGUUAAAGGCAAACUAAUGACACCUUCAACCGUAACACAAGCCAUCGAAACUCUUCGCAUGUUAUACGGCAGACCUGCCGUCAUACACCAAGCAUUACAACGAAAGUUAAGGAAAGAGCCGGCAGUUCGGCACGACAACUUAGAAACUCUUAUACAGUUUGCUCUUGCGGUCCAGAACUACCGUUCGACUAUGCAUGUUAUUGGACUUUCGGCGUACUUAAACGACCCAAUGCUUCUGUCCGAUUUAUUAAGUAAGCUGCCAAGCGACUUAAAACUCGAAUGGGGUAGGCAGGUAGUAAAUAUGACAGAAACUGAUUUAGGUAAAUUUGACGACUGGCUCUUUAAAUUAGCGACGUGUGGUAGUCAGGUAGUCUCUGUGAGCGCAACAACAACUGUAAGCGAGAUAAAAGGAAAACACUCGAAGUCCAGACUUCUAGUGCAUGACGUAGUUGAAAAUAAUAGCAAUAAAGUGAAGGGCCAUCCACAACAACAAUGCCUUUAUUGUCAAGAAGAUCAUAAUUUGCAAAAAUGUAAGAAGUGUACUGUACUGUGUAUUAGAUGUUUUAAAAAGCACUUUUUGAAAAAUUGUCGUUCUCAAAGCCGUUGUGAUAUCAAUGGUUGUACAAAACCACAUAACGCUUUGCUUCACGCAGAUGAUGUAAAGGCGCUUAAUGAUACUGCUGUUAUGCUACAUACUAAAAGAGAAUCAAAUAAAAUAAUGUUUCGUUAUGUUCCGGUCACGUUAUAUGGAAAGACACAUUCAAUAGAAACGUAUGCGCUAGUCGACGAAGGGUCAGCAUGUACUUUACUGGAAAGUGACAUCGCGUCGAGUUUAGGCCUGCAAGGACCGUCCCGAGAGCUCUGCUUAAGAUGGACUGGAGAUAUCACACAAUCCGAUCCAACUUCAAAACUGGUAAGUGUUGACAUCUCAUCAAGCGACAAUUCGUCGCGAUACACCUUGCGUAAUGUUCGCACAGUGGCAAACCGCGACCUUCCCAUGCAAACACUAUCUGAAUCGGUAUUGAAUUCUCGUAAACAGUUAAACAAAUUGCCGAUAAAGCCUUAUGAGUCUGUGCGUGCUACUAUUCUGAUCGGCAUAUAUAACGCGAAACUGGGCGUACCUUUGGAAGUGAGAGAAACUAAAGGCGAUCAUCUCAUUGCCGCUAAAUGUAGAUUAGGUUGGGCGGUGUAUGGCCGCGUCAGCGCUGUUUGUGAGACUUCCAACAGAGUUUUACAUAUUUGUCCGUGCACUGCCACAGAACGCCUGGAUGACAUUAUUAAAGCUAACUACGCUUUAGAAGCGGUAGGUGUAUGUAAAACCGACGACCCCCUAAAAUCCAAAGCAGAUGAGCGCGCGUAUGCUAUUAUGAGAUCCACAACUAGAUACCUGCCUCUUGAAAAGAGAUACGAGACAGGACUGUUGUGGAAGUUUGACAAGAUAGUCACGCCCAACUCUCUGCCUAUGGCAAUGCGGCGUUUGAAUUGCCUUGAAGAAAAAAUGAUACGGGAUCCUAAGCUGAUGGAUUUUUUAAGCAAUAAAAUUAGCAGCUACGAAGAAAAAGGUUAUAUCCGUAAGCUGAAGAAAGGCGAAUCUAUCGUAUCAGAAAAGACCUGGUUCUUACCCAUCUUCACAGGUGCGAACAAAAACAAGAACAAAACUCGGAUCGUAUGGGAUGCCGCCGCUGCGGUUGAGAACGUUUCGUUAAAUAGUUAUUUGAUGUCAGGCCCAGAUCUUUUAACGUCCCUAAUCGGCACACUGAUGCGAUUUCGCGAACGGCGCGUGGCUAUCGCAGGGGACAUCCGUGAAAUGUUCCAUCAAAUUCGUAUAAGAGAUGAGGACCAAGCGUCUCAAUUAUUUUUAUGGCGGAACGGAAAUCGGUCGAGGCAACCUGAUGUGUAUGCAAUGAUGGUAAUGACUUUCGGAGCCGCCUGCUCACCGUCUUUGGCAAACUAUGUGAAAAACGAAAACGCAUCGCGUUUCAGCAAUAUAUACGCGCAUGCAGUCAACACGAUUCAUAAAAAUACCUAUGUUGACGAUUGGUUGCACAGUGCUGACGACGAAGAGGAGUUGAUCGAAUUGGCAUCACAAGUUAAGUAUAUACAUGGAGAGGGCGGCUUCGAAAUGCACAAUUGGCUCUCUAACUCAGAAAGAGUGCAGCAAGCGAUUUCAGGUUCGAAAACACAAGCAGAGAAGUGCCUUGAGGAAUCAGGUACCUUGGUUGAAAAGCUUUUGGGAAUGUGGUGGCUUCCACAAACGGAUGAACUGACUUUCGUGGAGAGGUUUGACAAGUCGGUCUUCGAGGAAAGUGCUGUCUACACAAAGCGUAUUAUUCUGCGCAUCAUCAUGACGAUUUAUGAUCCCCUGGGAUUAUUGGGGUUUUAUUGA